CAAGUAAUUGAAUAUCCAGAUGAAACAGCCAAUGAAGUGUUUCGCAAUACACACGAAGUAAUGAUGAGCAAUGGGUUGACUAUUGAAGGUUUAACAGCUUUAGGAGCCGAUAAUACAAAUGUUAACUUUGGUGCCAAUCAUUCAUUGUAUACGUUGUUUCGAGAUAUUAAGCCAAAUCUGAUAAGAGGAAAUUGUUUUUCUCAUAUUUUGAAUAAUUCUGUUAAACAUGCUAAUAGUUAUUUAUUGCUUGAUGUUGAAUGUAUUAUUAUGAAAGUCUAUGCCUACUUCUCUCGAUCAACAAAACGAAUUGAAGAACUAAAAUCAUAUUUUGAGUUUGUUGAACUCGAUUAUGUUGUAUUAUUACAGCAUAUAAAAAUUAGAUGGCUAAGUUUGUUUAAUUCAAUCGAACGUUUAGUAAAAGUUUAUCCAGCUGUUGGAGCAUAUAAUCUCAAUCUUGGCGAAGAUUGUCCAGCUAUAUUGAAUAGUUUUUUCACAUUGGAUGAAUCUAUUUGUACAUUGUAUUUUUUAGAAAAUAUUUUAUUUGAAAUGCAACGAUCAGCUCUUCAAUUUCAACAUCAUCAUUGUACAGCCGUUGAUAUCCAUCGAAUGAUAACAAGUAUUUUGAUUAAAUUGAAAAAAAGAUCAGAUGAUAAAUAUUAUGGCUAUUUAUCACGGGAAAGAUUUAGAAAAAUGAACAAAGAGGAUGCUGAAAAAUUAGAAAAAUCAUUUGAAAAUUUCAUCAACAAGAUAAUCAGUUAUAUUCACACGUAUUUUGAUGAAAAUGCCAAUUUGUAUCAGAGUUUAUCGGUAUGGGGUAAUAUUUCGAUUGGUUCGAUUUCAUGGAAUGAUGUUGAACAAUGCGUCGACGCAAUUAAAAUACAAAAUAUUGAUAUUGAUAAAUUGUAUGAUGAAUUGUGUGAAGUUCAAGCGACCUAUAUUGUAUUAAACAAGAAAGGUAGACCACUACAUGAGCAAAUACAAUUAUUUUUACGUGAAAAUAAAGAAGGAAUUAAACAGGAUGACAAAGAGGACAAGGAAGAAGAGAAAAAAGAUAUGGAUGACGGGAAGACGAAGGAAGAAGAACCAAAACGAAUCUAUCCUGAUCAAUUAUGGGCUUAUUUGUUUCAUGUACAUGAUAAGCCAGCACCAAAUUUAAAACAAUUAAUUUCAUUGUGCUUUUCAAUUCCAAUAUCCAAUGGUUAUUGUGAAGGUGUCUUCAAUCAUAUGAAACAAGCGUGGAUAAACACACGAAACAAAAUGGAACUCAUUUCAGCUGAGCUGAAAAUAAGAUUGAAUAGUGCAGAUAUUGAUUGUAAACAGUUUUAUAAUUUGAUUCUAUCUAAACCGGAUCUAUUAAAAGCAAUCGAUAAAGAUGCUCUCGAGCAACAAGUGCAAGAUAGGCAAUGGAUAGAAGAUUUAGAACAUAAGCGUGAUCAAGCAUUUGGUAUAUAUCUGGAAUAUACAGAAGGCAUGUUAGCUUCUAUUAAAAGUGAUUUUUUUCUUCUAGCGAAAGAUAUUGUUCGAAAUGACACGAUUGCACAGUUAUUACAGAGACGCCAAGAAUAUGAUCAACGCGAAUAUAAUCGAUCAUUGAAUGAAUUUCGUGCCAUGCAUCAACAACCAUUUAGUCAACGAGAGUGGGAUCUGAAUGAUCCUGAUUAUCUCAAAAAAGAUAUACCAGCUCGCGUAUCCGAUGAUGAUCCUCGAUGUGGUAUGUCCGGUCUACAAAAGUUUGAUGGUGAAGAUUUAAAUUCAAAAGCGCGGAAUAAAUAUCAACAAGAACAACUACGGGAAUGGUCAAGAAUGCAGCAAGAGCAUCGUCGACAAGCAAUUGAUCAACAGAAUGCAGCUGAUCGUUUAUACGAAAUGAAACAGCAUGAGAUGGAUCAACGAGCAAUCGAAUUGCAACGAGCAGAAGAAGAAUGUCGAAAAGCAAUUAAUAAUGCUGUGAAAAAUUUUAAUAGUGCAUUAUUACGUGAAACAGAAGAACGAAAAUAUUUGAAAAAACGUCAAGAAGAUUACGAUAAUUAUGCAGAAAUGGCCAAUAUGAUAACGAGUGAUUUGUUAACAGAAAAUGCUGAUCAAGCAAUAUCACAAUUUGGUCCACACAGAGUUGUGCCAGAUCGUUGGAAAGGCAUGUCACCAGAACAAUUGCAAAAAAUACGUGAAGAACAGCAACGUCAAGUAGAAGAGAAAAAGAGACAAGAAGAAGAGGAACGUCAGCGUGAAGAGGAAUGGAAUAGACGGCGUUUUGCCGAAGCGAAAGCCGGUAUGAUAUCGGAAAAACAAAUUGAACGAGAAAAACGUACUAUUGAACAAGAUUUAUAUGGUGAUAAUCAACGUUUGGCAAAUGAACAAAAAAAUCUCAAACAAUAUUUAGAUCGCGUUGUUUAUACAAAUCAGCCAACAGCAGCUUAUUUUACGCAGUUUAACACAAACAGUAGAUAA